GUUUUGAACAUUGAAAAUGGCAAUCGUUGAGAAUGGAAAACUAUGUCAAGUAUCAUAAAAACGACGUUCAAAUAAAAAUGAUAAAAAUUAUACAUACACUAAACCAUUAUCAGCGUUCAAUUUAUCCUUUGUUAUUGUGAGACAUGAUGAGGAUGUAAUCUAAUUUUACGAAAACAUUACAAGUGUUGAAAUGGUGAAGAACAACAAUGCCCUAACCCCUGUUUAUCCCGUCUGCAGUCCACUAACCCCUGUUCGACUCGUCAGUGCUCCGAUGUUGUCCCUAACCUCGAAAUAAUACUCCAAAAUUGCGCUCGGGAUCUACAAAACCACUCCAAAAUGCUGCCCGGAUGUUUGAAACACUUGUUGACACCUCGGGGUUUCCAAAAAUUUCCUGGAGUCCAUAGUUUUCCAAAUAUUUCAGAAGCCAAUGCUAAGGAAUCGUUGGGAAAACGGACUAGAGUGCAGGGAUGGGUCCGAGCACUUCGUAAAAUGAAGGACAACAUUUUUCUGGACAUAAACGAUGGAUCCACCAAUCAGCAUUUACAAAUCGUCAUGAAGAAAGACUUGAAACCAGAUAAUUUGUGUUAUGGAAGCAGUAUCAGUAUAAUCGGUGAAGUAGCAAGUGCCCCAAAUGGCAGAGCAGAAGUGAGAGCUGAAGAGGUUGAAGUCCUUGGUACCUGUGAUCUCGAUAGUUAUCCAUUUUUACCGAGGAAACAAUAUAGCCAGGAAUAUAUUAGACAAUACUUGCACUUGAGACCCAGAACACGACAAUUCUCGAGUGUUCUGAGGCUAAGGGACUUGGCUACGUCAGCUGUAGGUGAGCACAUGCGGAGUCGAGGUUUUGUUAAUGUACACACACCAAUUUUAACUUCUAACGAUUGCGAGGGGGCUGGGGAGGUGUUUAACGUUGUGCCAGAUAGUGUUGAGUUGAUUGAUAGUAUGAAGAAAGAAGGAAAGAAUCGGGAGGAGACGUAUUUCGAUGCUAAAACAUUUUUGACUGUCUCAGGGCAGUUGCAUUUGGAGAUUACAGCAAGGGCUUUGUCAAGAGUAUACACGUUUGGACCAACAUUUAGAGCAGAAAAUUCUAAGUCACGAUUGCAUCUUUCUGAGUUCUAUAUGAUAGAAGCUGAAAUGGCAUUUGUGGAUAAUGUAGAAGACGUGGCUGCUGAGGCUGAGCUUCUUGUCAAGGGAGUCACUUCUACUUUGUUCGAGAGGGGUGCAGCGGAUGCUCAGAACCUUGGUGCCGCUCCACCAGCGUGGUUGGAUAAAUCCUUCGGAGUUUUCACCUAUGGUGAGGCUUUCGAUAUACUCGACAGGCACUCUGAUAAGCUUGCAGUCGACGUGAAAAGAGGAGAAGCUCUCUCGAAGGAGCAAGAGUUGUUUCUGGUUGAAUUCAACGGAGGAAUUCCUGUUUUUAUACUCAAUUGGCCAAAGAAUAUUAAACCGUUUUACAUGAAGGAGUGCAAGGACGAUGAUACCAAGGUUGCAGCAAUGGAUCUUCUAGCGCCACAAGUCGGUGAACUGUUUGGUGGAAGUCUUCGUGAAGACAACUACGAAAAGCUCCAAGAGAAAAUUCCACCCACAGGUGAUGUCUCCUGGUAUUUGGACCUCAGGAAAUAUGGAAAUGUGCCCACUGGGGGAUUUGGAAUGGGUUUUGAAAGAUAUUUACAGGCAGUACUAGGCAUUGCGAAUAUAAAAGACGUAAUACCUUUCCCCAGGUGGCCACACAAUUGCAGUCUGUGAGAUGAAUUAUCCUAGGGCAUUACGUGUAUGAUUUAGACAUCAUUUUUGACGUCAUUUCUUUAUUCACAUAACGAAGUGACGUCGUAACGUAAGAAUAAAUUUUGAUAAUUGUCUUUUGAAUUUACACCGCCUUGAGGUUAACUUAUUAUUGGAACAUUGAGGUUGACUUAUUGUUGAGGCAUUGAACAUCAAGGUAUAUCCCAAGACAAUACCACCCAAGAGUUAGUUCCUAUGGAUUUCCAGAAAAAAUUCUAAAUGACUCAAUUUAUUGAAUUUCACCACACUUCUUUUUUUGUCUGCUCAUCUUAAUAAGUUGGACUUAUUAAGAAAUUCGUUUUCUAGGUAUUUUUAAAAAAUAACACUUCAUGGUAUGCUUGGAAUGGUAUGCUUCAUAUUCAAUUUGCAUCGAAAUCGAAAAAAGCCGCUUGAAAUAGUAUGAAACACCCCAUAUACGAAAUCUUAAUCAGUACAAAAUAGUAUAAUUUUUUUUGAAUCUACGUUUUCGGAAUUUUUCAAUAUAGCACGGAUUCGUUUUUCAAGAAUAUCAUAAGAACCGUUUUGCCUCACAUGCUAGAAGCGCGCAUUUCAUUAUUUACCAUCUCCUAACUGUGUAGUACAGUUAGUUAGAUUUUUUUUCAAUAGCUGGCGAAUAUUAUAAUCAUUAUCUAUGAAAAACAUGAGGACAAUCGUUAAAAAACCCCGUUUUCUAGGAAUAUACCUUGAGAGAGUCAUCGGAAUAUAAGGUUCAGUAGUUGAAUUUCAGAAGGAAAUUAUGAAAAUUUUUGGUUAUCGUUAUUUUUACCAUCGUAUUUCGACCAUUUAUCUGGUCUAGUUCUUCUGCAAGAAGUUCAGUGAUGAUUUUGUUUGUUCAUAAUGAUUAAUUGAAGACCUGAGAACUCACAUCGGAAUGCUCAGUUUAAUUGACUUUGAAUGAUGAUUGAGAAAAAUAAACACAACAGAUUUGAUAUUAAUUAUUUCUCAUCCGUGUAUUCUCACUUUGUACAAAAAAUUAAAAUAAUGGUUACAUUAUUAAAUGGUCAUUAAUCAAUA